UCUGAGCAGCGCCCGGAGCCGCCCCGCGCUCCCGCCGCCUCCAGCACCCGGGACAGAGCCGCGCAGGGGCCGGCGCAGCCGCUUCAGCACCGGGGACAGCGGCCGCUUCGCGCCGCUCUGCAGCCCCGGCCGCCCGGCUCCGGCCGGGCCAUGUCCCGCCGCCGCUAGAGGAUGCAGCCGCCGCCCGCCCCCAUGGCCUCGCUCGUGUGCCUCCUCCUGCUCGGCCUCCUGAGAAGAAGCCUGGGCACCGACACGGAGGAGCGGCUGGUUGAGCACCUCCUGGACCCAUCCCGCUACAACAAGCUGAUCCGCCCGGCCACCAACGGCUCGGAGCUGGUGACCGUGCAGCUCAUGGUGUCGCUGGCCCAGCUCAUCAGUGUGCACGAGCGGGAGCAGAUCAUGACGACCAACGUGUGGCUGACACAGGAGUGGGAGGAUUACCGCCUCACCUGGAAGCCAGGGGACUUUGACAACAUGCGGAAGGUGCGCCUGCCCUCCAAGCACAUCUGGCUGCCGGACGUCGUCCUCUACAACAAUGCCGACGGGAUGUACGAGGUCUCCUUCUACUCCAACGCGGUGGUCUCCUACGACGGCAGCAUCUUCUGGCUGCCCCCGGCCAUCUACAAGAGCGCCUGCAAGAUCGAGGUCAAGCACUUCCCCUUCGACCAGCAGAACUGCACCAUGAAGUUCCGCUCCUGGACCUACGACCGGACGGAGAUCGACCUGGUGUUGAAGAGCGACGUGGCCAGCCUGGACGACUUCACGCCCAGCGGCGAGUGGGACAUCAUCGCCCUGCCGGGGCGGCGGAACGAGAACCCUGACGACUCCACCUACGUGGACAUCACCUACGACUUCAUCAUCCGCCGCAAGCCGCUCUUCUACACCAUCAACCUCAUCAUCCCCUGCAUCCUCAUCACCUCACUGGCCAUCCUGGUCUUCUACCUGCCCUCCGACUGCGGUGAGAAGAUGACACUCUGCAUCUCCGUGUUGCUGGCCCUCACCGUCUUCCUGCUGCUCAUCUCCAAGAUCGUGCCGCCCACCUCGCUGGACGUGCCGCUGGUGGGCAAGUACCUGAUGUUCACCAUGGUGCUGGUGACCUUCUCCAUCGUCACCAGCGUGUGUGUGCUCAACGUGCACCACCGCUCGCCCACCACCCACACCAUGCCGCCCUGGGUCAAGGUGGUCUUCCUGGACAAGCUGCCCACCGUCCUCUUCAUGAAGCAGCCGCGCCAGAACUGUGCCCGCCAGCGGCUGCGCCAGCGCCGGCAGAACCAGGAGCGGGCUAGCAGCAGCUUCUACCUGCGGGAGAGCGCCCGCUCCUGCACCUGCUUUGCCAACCAGGCCACCAUCCAGAAGUUCGGUGCGGGGGGCGGCCGGCAGUUCACCGAGGCGGCUGACAGCGCCAAUGGCUACCGGGAGCGGCAGGGGCAGGCCCCGGCGCCCAGCCAGCAGUGCUGCUGUGGGGUGGAGGAGGCGGUGGAUGGGGUGCGCUUCAUCGCAGACCACAUGAGGAGCGAGGACGACGACCAGAGCGUGAGCGAGGACUGGAAAUACGUGGCCAUGGUGAUCGACCGCCUCUUCCUGUGGAUCUUCGUCUUCGUCUGCGUCUUCGGGACCAUCGGCAUGUUCCUCCAGCCGCUGUUCCAGAACUACGCCACCACCUCCCUGCUGCAGCUCAACCACGGCCCGCCCAGCUCCAAAUAGGGCUGGGGGACGGCCGGCAGCCCUGCCCCGUGCGCGUGGAGCCAUCACCCCACGACAAAGACAGGGGCCUGGCGCGCGUGACUGGAGCACGCAGGCCCGGGGGAGUCCGGGGAGGGGGGUCUCAGGGCCUUGCUGCUGUUUUCAGUCCUGGCUCCCGCUGCUGGGGGGGGAGGGGGCACGUCCGCCCCAUUGAGAGCAAAGCCCCAGGAGCUGAUGGAGGAGACAGGCCGGGAGCAGCUCGAGGUGCCCCGGCCCUUCCUGGGAGGGACAGCACUGCUCCAGCAACUGCGCUUGGGGGUCAAGGAGGGCUUCCCUCCCCCCAGAUAGAUUAGCAAGGCCAAACAGUCCCCACAGUAGUGCGGCAUGAGCGAAGCGGGGCCGUGGAUCUCUGCCAGGUGCAUGCGGCCAGGGGCAGGGCUGGCUGGGGGUGAACAUGCCCCAGAAACGUCCUCUGGACUGAGCCCAGAGCCCGUCACUGCAUUCAGCCAACUGUGUCCCUGGAAGCUCGGGAGGGUGGGGGGCGCUGCCCGGGGCAGCCUCAGAUGUCCGCUGCUGCUUCCAAUGUCACCGCAGCCCAAUAAAUAAUCACACGGACUCGGGGGGAGGGGGAAUUUGUUUAAAACUUGGUUUAAUUUGACCCCCUUUUUAUUUCUAAGCCACCCUCAUCAUGGGGCGCCCCAGAGCAGGGGAGAGGCAGGGCCGGGAGGGCACAAGGGCUGCAGAUCUCCAGGUGGGCUGGGAACUUUAACACGGGGGAAGAGCAGCGUCCCUGUCUCGUUGUGAUUUACACACUUAACACCAGAGCGCACGUGGGGCCACUGCACCUGGCCAUGCCCCGGCGAGGGCUCUUGUGCCACCGCAGAUCACGCUCGGGCUGCACCAGGCUGCUGCGUCAGUGCCAAUGCCGGUGGAAGAUGUCAGUGAAACACGGGCGCGAACGUGCAGCAAAGCUGGAUUCCACCAGCGUCCUAGAGGGUGUUAAAGUGCCACGUGCUGCGAAGCGGCGCACGGGGCAAAGGGGAGCCAGGUUCAGCUGAUGCCACUGGGACUCCCGUGGAGCGAGAGUGAUUAUUACAGCCACGAGCCAGCUCGAUCGAGAUCCUUGCAGACACACCCAGGAGUCGCCCGUGGCCCCAGUUUCCCUCUGCAAGACUCCGAGGGUGGCUUGUCAGAUCUCAGUAUUACUAUCAGUCCGUGGGUGAAAGCUCCCACUGCCUGUUCCUUCUGCCAGAGCCCUAGGGCCGUCCCCUCCCGGGUUCCAGCUCUGCGGGGGGCGAGAGGCAGCAGAUACAGCCGCAGCUCGAUUAGGAACCAUGUCCAGGCCCCUGGCUGGUGCCCUGGAGCGGAUGUGGGGUGGAGGGAGAUGGACAGUGCAUGUGCAGAAUGGAAACCCAAGGCCAGUGCCGCAGUCCCUGGGCAGGCAAGAAUUUGCCUCCCCGGGGGAAAUUUGAAAUCAAGCAUCUCCUAUAAAUAGCGCUAAUCCUCCAGGCUGUGUGGAAGGGCAGCACGGAGCAGAGGGACAGACUGAGCACAUCCCGCUGCUGCAAGUCUUGCUCCGUAAACAAUCCCAGCCAGUCAUUUCUCAGCUUUCCCUCCAGCCAGGCAUAGAGGGUCCCGGCCUGCUCCCGAAGGGCCAGCCGCUGGUAAAUGGCCACUUACACUGCACCCGCUUUGCCCUCCAGGGGGAGCGGGACUAGAUUUGAGGGGUAUUUCAAAUCUAAAGCUGGUUGAGGCUGGAACUGCCGUGGCAGAUGAGCCCCCGCGGGCCGGAGACCACUGGGCGGUCAGGAUCACGGUCCCACCCCCUGACCGCUCAGCCCCGGGCUCUGCCGCAGAGCAGAUCAGGCACAAACCCGUUCCUGCCUUUGCCCGGUGGUAGAAUCCGAAGUCUUGGGGCUCAGCCGGAGCAGAGCUCUGCGGUGCCAGCCUAGCGGUCGGGGGCGGGAUGGCUCAGAGCGGGAAUCCAGCCCCACCUCCGGCUGCAGCACAGCGCCUUGGCCCACGCCGGGAGAGAGACGGCAGCGGCACUAGGCAGCCAGGUGGGAUGCUGCCUCCAUGUGCCCUAGACUGGAUGCACGAAGGCAGCUCCCGUUCUCUGCCUACUCCCGCCCCUUUGCUUUAAACGGCGGAUCAGUCACGCUGUUGGGUUCUACUUCUAACUCCCCCCUCCCGCCCCCCAGACACGGGAGGGGGCAGUACCAAGUCUUUACUCACCGGGUGCGUAACAGGGUCCCUUCAUACCAUGCAAUGGGCGGCGGGCAGGGUGAGCUCUGCUCGGGCAGCAGCUGGGCGCUUCGAAGGAGUCUCUUUAGCCCCUUUGCAUCAUGUUUUCACCGAGUCAUUUUCAAGUCCCCCUUUACUUAGCUGUGAAGGCACCUGGUUUCCCAGUGGUUAGUGGGACCCCAUUAAAAAUACAAGAGUGGCUGCUGGGCGGCCACGAGGCAAAACCCUACGGCAGAGCAAUAGCCGUGGGCCCUGCAGGGGGGUUGAGUGACACCUGCUCCAGUUGGCUGGGACCAGGAGACCCAGAUGUCAGCCGAGUUUUGCUGUUUUCCUUGGUUUUCAAAAUGGCCUAAGCGUCCAUCCCUGGCACUACACCUUGCACGGCUGGUCACCAGCAUCUCCGUGCUGCUCCGAGCAAAGCGAGAGCCAACGGUGCUCCAGGCCGGGGUCUGUUUCGAAGGGGGGCUGUAACUGUUCUGACAUGUAAUAAAACCGCUCUUGGGCAGGACA